CCCUGCUUUCUUGCCCUUGAGCCUUGAGUCCUUGACCCCUUCCCAAAUUCCCAUUCCCUUCCCUCCUCUCUGCAAACUUUGUCCUCACAAGCAACAAAACCCCUGUUUGGUUCCUCCUCCCAAACCAUAUUAAUCUCUCUCCUCUUCCAUUCCCCAGUCCCCCUGAUCAAACCCUCAUUUCUUCCAGAAGCUUCCACUGCCAUCUCGCUCUCGCUCUGACCUCCCACUAUCUCGGCUGAAUCUCUUCGCCGGGUUCGUUGGCGGAGGAGGCGGCCAUGACGGAGACGAGGGCGGCGGUCCUCCUUGCCGUCGCUUCACUCUCCUGCCUCCUCCUCUCGUCGCAGGUGGUCUCCGCAGCCUCGGGAGCAGAGGUGGCCGGCGGGGCGGCUCAUCGGAAAAUCGAGCGCAUCGCAGGAAGUGCCGGUGAUGUGCUAGAAGACAAUCCUGUUGGAAGGUUGAAGGUUUUCGUAUAUGACUUGCCAAGCAAGUACAACAAGAGGAUUGUCACCAAGGAUCCACGAUGCCUCAAUCACAUGUUUGCCGCUGAGAUAUUCAUGCAUCGUUUCUUGCUCUCUAGUGCGGUGCGAACGCUCAACCCAGAAGAGGCUGAUUGGUUCUACGUUCCAGUUUACACUACUUGUGAUCUUACUCCUGCUGGACUUCCACUGCCAUUCAAGUCUCCAAGGAUGAUGAGAAGUGCAAUCCAGUUUAUUUCAAACAAGUGGCCUUUCUGGAAUAAAACUGAUGGAGCUGACCACUUCUUUGUUGUUCCACAUGAUUUUGGUGCAUGCUUUCACUAUCAGGAAGAAAAGGCUAUUGAACGUGGAAUUCUUCCAAUGCUCCACCGUGCUACAUUGGUCCAAACAUUUGGACAGAAGAACCAUGUCUGCCUGAAGGAGGGUUCCAUCAUUAUACCACCAUAUGCACCUCCACAGAAAAUGCAGGCUCACUUGAUUCCCCCUGACACUCCCCGUUCAAUCUUUGUUUACUUCAGGGGACUAUUCUAUGACAAUGGCAAUGACCCUGAGGGUGGGUACUAUGCAAGAGGUGCCCGAGCUUCACUAUGGGAGAACUUCAAGAACAAUCCUCUCUUUGAUAUCUCCACUGAUCAUCCUUCCACUUACUAUGAAGAUAUGCAGCGUGCAGUCUUCUGCUUGUGCCCAUUGGGAUGGGCACCAUGGAGCCCAAGGUUGGUGGAGGCCGUGGUUUUCGGUUGCAUUCCAGUCAUCAUAGCUGAUGACAUUGUUCUACCAUUUGCUGAUGCGAUCCCAUGGGAGGAGAUUGGUGUUUUUGUCGAUGAGGAGGAUGUUCCAAAGCUAGAUUCAAUCCUCACUUCCAUUCCAAUCGAAGACAUUCUGAGGAAGCAAAGGUUGCUCGCCAAUCCGUCUAUGAAGAAGGCCAUGUUGUUCCCACAGCCAGCGCAACCUAGGGACGCGUUCCAUCAGAUCCUAAACGGCCUUGCUCGCAAGCUGCCACACACGCAGAGUGUAUACUUGCAACCAGGAAAAAAGCACCUCAACUGGACCGCUGGGCCUGUCGGAGAUCUGAAGCCUUGGUAGCAGGAAAGCUUUCACUGCAAGAAUAGUCUUUCCCUGCUAAUUAUACUGUGAAGUUCUGACUACUCAGCGGAGGAGUUCCAUGGAAUCAGUUGGUAUGUGUUUUCCAAGUGUGUUAUAGUGCUUUGGUGCCACUGAAAUCUGGAUGCUGAUUCUGUGGACCGGAUUGUAACUUUGUAAUUGUACAAAGGAUUAAAGAAAUGAAAUGUGUGUGUUCUUGUGUGAAA